GAUUAAUGGGCGGUAUGUUAGUUGCUUGAACGGUUGCAUGUCAAAGCUAUGUUAGGGUUCUCAUAUAUAAGACUGAAAGAGAAUACAUAUUAUGAUCCAUAGCUUUGUGGUAAAGACAUAGGCACAAAUAAUGACUCAUGUAUUGGAUUCUGUGCUUUUGUGCGGACUUGUUUUCAUCGGCGGCCUCUAUGUUCUAUACUACUUUGUGACAUGGUCGUGGAGAUGCUGGCGAGGAUUCAGAGCGUACGUGCUUUCAGAAAUUUGGCAUGUUAAUUUAAAAACCUACGGACAAUGGGCAGUUGUCACAGGUGCCACCUCGGGGAUCGGUAGAGCUUACGCACAUGAACUGUCCAGGAGAGGACUGGAUAUCGUCCUGAUCAGUCGCUCCGAAGACAAGCUCCACCUUGUUGCCAAGGAAAUUGAGAGUCAGUAUGGAAGACAGACCAGAACCAUCCAGACAGACUUCACAGAGGGCUCAGCCAUCUACCCUGCCAUUGCCCGGCAACUGCAGGGCCUGGACAUAGGCAUUCUGGUGAACAAUGUAGGAAUGAACUACACAGGACACUUUGCACUGUUCCUCGAGGUUCCUGACUGUGAACAGAGAAUCACCCAGGUGGUAAACUGCAACGUCCUCUCUGUGACUCAGAUGACCAGACUGGUUCUUCCUCGCAUGGUUGAAAGGGGGCGUGGUCUGAUUAUCAACUUGUCGUCGGAGGCAGGUGCACGACCUCAGCCUCUGCUGGCGCUCUACUCCUCUACCAAGACGUUUGUGACGUAUUUCUCCAGAUGUCUGAAUUCAGAAUACCAGUCUCGAGGAGUCACUGUUCAGUGUGUGGCGCCCUUCAUGGUGUCCACCAACAUGACCCACAACAUACCCGUCAAUUUCCUGGUGAAGACGGCGUCUGAUUUUGCCAGAGAGGCUCUGAACACUGUGGGCCUCUCCUCCUUCACCAGCGGCUGUCUGUCCCAUGCUCUGCAGAAUAUAGCCCUCUCUGUUUUACUUCCUGAUUGGCUACGACUCUCUUCCUACUGCGUGAGCCGGCUGGAAAACAUUCCGGAUCCCAUGCUGACCAAUGAGAGGAGAGCAGGGAAGCAGGACUAGGAAGUCAUCGGGUCUGUGAAGAAGAGGAGCUUGGAGCUUCACAAAAGACAAACACGCUGUUUCUACUGUAUAUGCAUACAGUACAUAGAAAUAUUUACAUUUAGUCAUUUAGCAGACGCUCUUAUCCAGAGCGACUUACAGUAAGUACAGGGACAUUCCCCCCCGAGGCAAGUAGGGUGAAGUGCCUUGCCCAAGGACACAACGCCAUUUUUGCACGGCCGGGGAAUCGAACCAGCAACCUUCUGAUUACUAGCCUUGACUAGCUGAUUCCCUAACCGCUCAGCCACCUGACUCCCACCUGACUCCCAAAUACUGAGUUACUGUAUGUUAUGAGGUGGGUACAGUCCAGUGUUGGGGCAUCUGACUGAAGAUCAAGAGAUUACAGAUUCAAACGGUCCUCUGUGUGGUUCUGGAUGAGAGCGGAUGCUUGAAUACAAUAUUACGUUAUGACUCAUAACCAGGGUCUGGAGCAAGGGUUUAGUUUGUGUGUGUUGGUGUGUGUCAAUAUUCAAACAACAGCAAUGUUUGAGUAUUAUUAUUGUUAUGUUACGUUACUUCAACCCCUCAAUGUUCCCACCUAAUCUACACCCUGGGGCUGGGGUGAAGGAGAUUGCACUUUUUAAUGUUUCUGGUCGGACAGGUGUGUCUCGAUCUGUGUGAGAUCAGAGAUGUUUAUAAAUCCUGCCCUUCAGUUUGCUGAUGCUGCUCUCAGACAGUUAAACACUGUCUGAGGGUAGUCAGGUGGCUGAGCGGUGAGGGAAUCGGGCUAGUAAUCCGAAGGUUGCCAGUUUGAUUCCCGGUCAUGCCAACUGAUGUUGUGUCCUUGGGCAAGGCACUUCACCCUACUUGCCUCGGGGGAAUGUCCCUGUACUUACUGUAAGUCGCUCUGGAUAAGAGCGUCUACUAAAUGUAAUGUAAAUGUAAUGUCUAAACUCUUGUGGAUGUGGACCAUUUGUAGAGGCCAUCGACACAGCAUAGGAGAUUUCGUUAACAUUUAAAUAUCAACACAGAGAACAUUUUUAUCUUUUUUAUUAUAUUUAUAUCUCAUAAACACUCAAAUGUUUUUUUUCAAGUAUAUAUAUCACAGUGUAACACGUUAUAACGAAAAUGCAUUUGACAAAAGUGUCAUUAUCUUAUCGCAAUAAAACAACAUUUAUGUCA